GCCUUCUACACAGGCGCAGGGUUGGGCGGGUCUUCUUCCUUCUCGCCGAACGCCGCCAACAUGGUGUUCAGGCGUUUCGUAGAGGUUGGCCGGGUGGCCUACGUCUCCUUUGGGCCUCAUGCCGGGAAGCUGGUCGCGAUUGUAGAUGUUAUUGAUCAGAACAGGGCUUUGGUGGAUGGACCUUGCACUCAAGUAAGGAGACAGGCUAUGCCUUUCAAAUGCAUGCAGCUCACUGACUUCAUCCUCAAGUUCCCACACAGUGCCCGCCAGAAGUAUGUCCGGAAAGCCUGGGAGAAGGCAGAUAUCAAUGCAAAGUGGGCAGCCACAAGGUGGGCCAAGAAGAUUGAAGCCAGAGAAAAGAAAGCCAAGAUGACAGAUUUUGAUCGUUACAAAGUCAUGAAGGCAAGGAAAAUGAGGAACAGACUAAUCAAGAUUGAAGUUAAGAAACUUCAAAAGGCAGCUCUCCUGAAAGCUUCUCCCAAGAAAGCCCUUGCUGCUAAGGGGGCAGCUGCAGUAGCUGCUGCUGCUGCCAAGGUUGCAGCAAAAAAGAUGACCACUGAGGGUAAGAAGGCUCCAGCCCAGAAGGUUCCUGCCCAGAAAGCUGCAGGCCAGAAGGCAGCACCUCCUCCUAAAACUCAGAAGGGUCAGAAAGCUCCAUCCCAGAAAGCACCUGCUCCAAAGGCAUCUGGCAAGAAAGCAUGAGUGCAUAAGAGGCUAUUUGAAUCAGAAUAAAAGUUCUUUUUGACGUGCUGGCAAAUUA